AUGCAGCCGUUGUCGCUGCCGCCUGCCGCGUGCGUCUGCCAGACGUCGCAACGUCGCCGUCGCCGUCAAUACAGGUCGCGGCAUGACCGGCGCCGAGUGCGCCGUGCUGAGUGCGGGCGCGCGCUGGACCGCCAGCUAAGCGCCGCCGCGCCCCGCCCCGCGCCGCGUCGCGUGGCGUAGGCCCAGGGCCCCUCGAGGCCUCCGGCUCCGGCUCGGGGGCGCCAUGGCGGGCCCCCGGGGCGACGACGCCUACUCGCCCCCCUACCUCGCCAAGUUCUUUCACCAGUUCCCGCACCUCAACAUCAGCCUGCACUUCGUCAACAGCACCUUCGACCCGGACAGCGACAUCUACCUCGAGUCGCUGGGCAUCCUCGGCUCGCUGCCCGCCGCGUGGCUCAUCCUGACGCUUCUCGUGCUGCUCAUCUACCUGCUGACGCGCUGCUGCGACCGCAAGCCGCGCCCGCGCCACAGCAUCGUCGUGCUCAAGUGGACGCUCGCCGCCUUCACGCUGCUCUGCUGCACGGCUGUAGGCUUCGAUCUGUACGGCAACGAUGAUGUCCACAACGCUCUUGUGCAAUUUAUAGCAGCUGCACGCUCCAUCGACGAUAUCAUAACAGGUGUCAAGAACCAGACCAAUUCUAUUGAGACAACCCUCAAUCGCCAAGUGGAACCUCUCCUCACAGAUCUGAGUGAUGUGUUUGACAUCCCUGUUGCCAAUCAAACAGCACGUGGGCUCCUUCUUGAUGCUCUCUUCAAUGUUCAGCGUAAUAUGUCCACUGCACUUACUAGUACUCAGGAUAUUAGCCGACCGUUGCAGGAUGUCAGUUUACGAAAUACCAUUGAUUUGGUGCAGACAGCAGAAACAAUUAGAUGGCCUCUCACUAUGGCAAUACUUAGCAUCCUCCUGGUCUUUUGUGUGGUUCUCCUUUUUGGAGUGGCUUGCCAUUCAAGAUGUGCUCUAAUCACUUUUUCAGUCUUUGGCCUCUUUGCAGUAAUAAUUUCUUGGUUGAUGGCAUCGUUGUACCUGGCAACAUCAGUGGCAUUAGGAGACCUCUGUGUGGCACCUGAAGGAUUCUUGGAAAGAGAAGCUGUGUCACCCGUCAAAGUAGAAAUUCUAACUUACUACAUCCGUUGUGAAACUCAUAGCACAAACCCAUUUACUCAACGCAUCAUUCAGGGUCAACGAUCUGUGAAAGCUAUGAUUUCUGGUAUCAAUUUGGUUGCUAAAAUGGCCAAGGAGCUCUAUAAACCUAGUGAAUUGAACCCAAAACUGGACAUCCUCACUACGGCUAUCACUUCUGUGGAUCGACUGGUCUCUGGACUUGCUACACUUCUGGAUUGCAAACAUUUGCACAGGCAAUAUUUGAAUGCUGUUAGAAAUGUCUGUGAUUUAGGAUUGUAUGGCCUAAGCUAUAUGCUCAUUGCUAGUUUAGCUGCUGGAUUCUUCUUCACUGUUCUUGUCUGGGUAGAUUCUCACACUUGGAUAUACAUCAGGAAAAGACGGGAUUACCUGCAAGUGGACGAGCAGGACCCAUUCCUGCCGCCAUCUGCUGCCUCACAAGCAAUCGCCGCUCGGACGCUGCGCAGCCAAGGGUCGUAUGGCAGCACAGGGCUCUUCCGGCCGCGCUACUCCCCUCAUUACCACCAAACCCCACCUUCCACGCUGCCCUACCCAGGAACCCUAGAUGGCCGGAGUACCCGCGAGGAAAAGUCCCAGCACAGUUCCCAUCAUGAGCCAGCAGGCAUCGGAAGCCACGAGCCUAGCUCCGGAGGCCCUGCAAUGCUUGGACCCAACCAUGGGCAGUACGCGACUCUGAGCAAGCAGUGUAAAACACUGGAAUCCUCAGAUUUUUACUGAGAGCCUGCCCACUCCCUCUAUCCAAUUGCCUCGGUGCCAUUGCCAGAACCUCCCCUGUACCAAGCAACUUCCACAGCUACUCCAGAAUGCGAACUUGCAAGUCAUGGUUCAUUGCCACGGGUGCAUCCUAGUGACAAUAGUGAAGAACUUCGAGCUGCUAACCAGGUCAUCAUUCAUUCACCAGAUGGUAUCCUGGAGCCUGUGGAGCCAACAACAUUGGUUAAAAAGCCACUAGAGUCAACAGACAUUCAUCAAAAGGAAGAAAUUGAAAAAGAGAAAGAGAAUGAUAAAGAAAAGGAAAGUGGCUAUCUGGUUACUGAGUUGUAAAUUAGUGGAUUUCUCUGUUUACUCUUGGCUUUAGGUAAACAUUUAAAGGGGUUGUGGACCAUCAAAAAAAUAAGUAUUUUGGACAACUGAAAGACAUGAGACCCUAGAGAAAGAAGAAAGAAACAUUACUAAGAAUCCUUUGUUGUUUCCAACAAGGGAAAAAUAAUGAAUUUACAAAGAGAAAGUGAGUUUUCACUCUGAAGAUAAUUUUCAAUUAUUUAGAAAGGAACAUUGCACAGAAAACAUAAUCUCAACAAAACUUCUGUGGACCAAUUGUCUUAUAGGUCUGUAAAAGAAAGUACUGGAUAAAUUCAUGGAAAUAGAGAGACAUUGCUGUGGUGCUGGUAUCAACAACACUGCCAAUUUUUUCCACACCCCUUUUAUGUUGCCAAAAUACAUUCUGCAUCUCAUUAUGCAUUCUACCAAACUGGGGGCUUUAAGAUAUAGGAGGGAGUGGGCUGCAAGAGGAUUUUAAUUUUGAGCAAAAGAAUUUUGUGGAGUAUCUCAAUAAAUUCAAGUAAAUUUAAGAAAUACUUCAUUGAGUGGUUUAUGUUUUCAUAUGUGCUUCUAAAUGCAAGAAGAAGAAUGAUUGAUAUGAGGAAGACAUACAGUACCUCGAGAGUAGUAUAGGAUGAAAGAAAUGAGUGACAAUGCUUACUUAUAUGAGUAACUGUUAAAUUCAUAUAUUAGACAACAAUAUUUAUGACUUCCAGAAUAUUGAGAAAGUAAUACCAAUGAUCAGGGAAGUAUUGUUGCAAUUGGAUGAGUUUUUGUGCUUCAUAACCUGAGAGAAAAGCUGAAGUAUCAAUUACAAACUCCAACCAGUCUGGAAGUUAUAUGUAUUGUUUGAAGUGAGUGCAAUCUAGUGACUGGGUAAAGUAUGGAUGUUCUUUUAUGUGUUAGUUUCCCAAAUUAAAAAUUGUAUUGUACUGAAUAUGAAGAGCUUUAAUUUUAUGAACAGAAAGAAAUGUGAUGACCAAUUUCAAAUACUUUACUUUUGACUUUUUCUCUCUAAAUGUGAAUUUUCCUACUGUAACAUUUAGAUAAAAAAGAAAAAUUUGUAUACGCAGACAGUACCAGUUGCCUAAAAGUGCGUAUAUGUAUUUCGUGAUAUUUGCUUAGAAAUAUUUAUCUUAAGUGACACAUCGAAUGACAAAAUUACAUUGCUUCUGAUAUUUGUUUUUGUGUUAUGUAUUGUACAAAUUCAAUUUAUUUUUGUUGUUUGAGAAAAAUAUAAGAUUUUCUGGUAAAAAUUAAUUCCAAGAAUAGUCUUUAAAAUGUAUGAAAAUGAUAAGUUAUUUUAUUACAGUUUAUUUAACUACAGAAAUUUUAGUUCUGUAUAUUAUACUUUCACUAUUAUGAAAUUCCAUUUAAACAUUUUUGAUUUAAUGUGUUACAACAGAUGUUUCUUUUAAAUCAAGAUAAAUAUUGUUGUAAUCAAUAUUAUUUUGCUGUCUUAAAAUAUUGUAUUAAAGUACAUAAUUUAAACAAUUCUGACAUGACUUUGCAAUCUGACUCUUUGUAAAUACUUUAUACAAAAUGUUUUAAGUUUUAAUUUGCCUUGUCUGACUGGGCCUAAUAAAUCUUUGCUUCAAUAGUUUUAUGGGAUUUCAGCACUUUCUAUUAAUGCAUAAAAUUAUCUAGAGUAAUCUUCAAAGACAGUGAAGCCAAAGAUUUCAUAGCCAUGUAAUUUGUAUUGGAUCGUUUUCAGUCUCAUUGUUAUAGAUCUUGUUUAACAUUUUUCACACUAAUAAAAACAAGAAAAGUGAAUUAUUUCAUAAAAUAGCAAUAUUUGCAUAUUGUUAUGCAAAUUAUACCUGUUGAUGCAGUUCUUUAUAUAAUUUAGUGCUCCUUCAACCUGUGUGUAUUUUUUUGUAAUUGCACAUGUUACUCUGAAGGACAAAAGGAAUUGAGAAAAAAUAAGACACGAGUUCCAUUUCUUGAAAAUACACCAGAAAACGUUUCUCAAGUUGUCACAGCAUUGAGAUUAGUCAUUUUUUGAGUGUUAGUGAGAGAAUUUGUGUGUAUAUAUAAAUGUAAGUGAAAUAAUUCUUUGGGAUAAUUAUACAGUGUAAUGAAAAAAAUUGGUUCUUUAGCAGUUGGGUUUUAGAUUGAUACAACUGUAAUUUACAAAGAGAAUUUAGGUGCUGCCGGGAAUAGAAGAUGAAUUAAAUGUGUUGAGAAUGGCAAUUUUAUCUCCUGUAAAUACACAUUUUGAUAAUUCUUUACAGCAUAGUAACACUGAAUUUCCUUGUUCAAUAAAGAAUCACAUAAUUUCUCAUUUUUUGUUACUAAUGUAAUUUUCACCUUUAGAAACAGAUUCUUCUUUGUACAAACAAAUGGUGCUUUCUCAUGUUUCAUUCUUUCUCUACAAUUAAGAUGGAAGAUUUCACAGGCCUCAAGCACAAAAGUGUAGAUUUUUCCUGGAUUAACAGUACUACUUAAAUUUGUUUACAAGGAAUCCUUUUGUUAGUACUUUUAUGAUGUGAUUCAGCCAACCUUCAUUAUUUGUUUGCAAGACCUUAUUUUUGAAUAUUUAAAUGCUUCAAUAAUACUACCCUGAAAUUUGGCUGUGAAUAUCAGACCAGGACCUCAAGAAGAAAGGCCUACAGCAGUGAACUCUUGAAAGAUUUGUGAUUUGAGGAAAACUACACAUAAAGAAUCUGCUUUAGAAGAGAGAUAUACCGCAUUGAGAUAAUAAAACAAAGAACAGUAUUCAUAAAAAAGUGUCUGAUAGAAUAUCAAAGAGACAUCCUUGCAGCAAAUAAGUUGAAUUCUUUUUCUAAAGCAUUGUUUAGUAUAACAACAUGAUUGAAUUUUAACAUCAAAUACCAAUAUGUAGUUUGCAGCAUGAAAAUUAAUUAUAACACGUGUACUUGGUCAGAUCAUGGUGAGCACAACUUGUGUGUUAAUGUAUUAAAAACUAGUAAAAUGACCAAAGGUAUAAUGUACAAAUUAAAAUCCAGGAUGAAAUCAUCAAAUAGACUUUAGCCGUUAAUAGUGCACAUAAAAUAUAAUUUAACUGCAACUUGAAUUUAUUCUUCCAUUUCAAUAUCUUUUUCUCUUGCAUCAAACUAUUUUGAAAAGUUGAAGUUACUUUUCUCAAAUUCUAACUGUAUUUAAUAUUUUUUGAACAUUAUUUUGUUUGCUUCAGGUUUUUCUUUCCUAUCACAUGAGAAUUAUUGAAUUGUGAAAAUUUUUGCACCAAAAUUAUCAAUUCAAACACCCUUUCAUGAAAUAUCUAGUUUUCAGGUAUGAGGAGAAUAAAUUCAAGUAUGAAACAGAUGUGGCCUAUGGUUAUUAUGACAAGGUAGUUAUGCAAGCUUUUUGUGAAUGUGUAAUGUAUAUACAAUCAAUUCAAACAAGAAGUAAUUUUAUGCCAUUAGCUUAUGCAUUUAUAAUGCAUAAGAGAAAUUUUUUUUAAAACAUAAUCUAUUAUAGUUCUAUGAAAAUGUCCUAUUUUCUCCUUUUAGAGUUUGGAAGUAUUGAUUGAAUUGUUACUGAUGAAAACUUGAUAACUAUUAAACUUCUAUUUGAUAUUUCCAAACAAAUUAACCAUAACAUUUUGAAUGUAGUGCAUAACUAUCCUGUCCAGUUCAUUGAAGGUUGUGAGGGACAAUUUUAUUUUGAUAUGUCAAUAGGUUUUUUUGUUUUUGUUUUGUUUUUCCCCCUUUUUCAGAGAUUGGUUAUUGAAUAAAAUAAAAUAUGAGGCAAGAUUCAUAUUCCUCAUUUCUCUCAGGUGCUCUUAUCAUUCUUAAGCUCUUACACAAGAGUUGUGAGUGUCUUUGAAGAAGUAUGCUCUAUUUACUGAAUAUUUAUUUGUAAUAAUAUGGAGAUUGAUAGUGCUUUGCAGUAAAUGUGUGACAAAAUGAUUUUGGAAGAUAGGUGUACAGUUUACUAAUUUCAAAUGCAAAGAGAACUAUUAUUUGUACAAGUUUUUCUUGUCACUAAAUUUUCUCCCCUAUUGUGAAAAAAACGCUCAGUAGGUCUCUAAAUUAUUACCAAAAUGUAAACCAACAAAUAGAAUGAAAAACUAAAGCUCAUGCAUAAAAGAAAAUUUGUUACUGGGUAUUUGUAAAUGUAUAUGAUAAAAUAAAGGAUGUAUGAACAAUUAUUACUCUUGUAUUACCAGCAAUACUAUGCGAUAACUGACACAUUUAUUACAACAAUUUUGUCUCUCUUAAAAGCUGUAUUCCAACAAUAAGUAAAAAAAAUAUUCACAAUAUCUACUUUUUGACGAAAAACUUAUUAUAGGUUUUAAAAAAUCUAAAAAUCAUUGAUAGUAGAAGGGGUGCCAAUGGGUCAGUCAUUGCUUUAAAGGAUACUAUUCUUUCUCUGACUUACAUUCUGUGCCAAAGAAAACUGGCUGUGUUUCAUAUUGUGUUAAGUAAAUGUUGGCUAUUUGUGUAUUUAUUUUUUGAAAAUCACACUUAAUGAAAAUAGAAUUUCCAAACUUUGUGAAAGAAUUAUUACUGUAUUCUAGAAAUCUACAGAUACAUGUGGUUAAGUGUAGUUCACCUGACUUUCAUGCUGCAAUGUCUACUACCCCUGAAAAUUUUAAUCAGAAUGGAAAGUAAAAACAUACUAUUAGAUUUGUGUAAUAAUGUACUGUUAGGUUUUCAUUUGCCUAAAUCUGAAAUGUAAUAAUCCAUUGGAAUAAUUAGAACUUAUUUCUCUUUACUUAUGACCACCCACAAGUGAAUAUCUUGGAGCAUGAUUGCAUUAAUUUGUGUGAAUGUAUAAGUGUUUUCUCAUAACAUGCCAAAAUUCAGAAAAAAAUAGUCAUUCUAUUAAAUGACAAUAAUUAUAGCUGAUGUGGUUAUUUUAGAAAUAAUUAUUAUAUUCCAUUUGCACUGUUGUGUGUUGUGUUACAUUUCUGUUUCCCUGCCUUCCAUUGCUGUUACCUUUUUUAAUGACAAGUAAAUUCCUUAAACUAAUUAUAA